GCUACUGUGCUUCCUCACUCCUACAUCUUCGCUCUAAAAAGGCGUUAGGAGCUGUUCAGUGGCACACAAACCCUACGUAAUCGCUGAUGCUCUGAUCCCUGUUUUCUGUUUCUCGGCUUUUUCAGGCACUAGGUCCUGAGAAGCAGAUCUAACUUUUCUCAUCUAUGAUGAUAACUCCGUAGACCUUUUCCAAGAUCAGUUUCUGGGGCACUGUUCUCUGUGACAGGGUCCUACUGACUCUACUAAAUACCACAGCAAGUUGAGAAUAUUAUUUCUGACCAUCCAAGCACAUUGGCACCAACGCUCAGUCACGCUGCGGCUGCCGUCCUUUAAGGCUGGAUCACAAGCUGCUUUGUUUUAGCUGCCUCUGCUUUCUGAGUGAGGAAGCAGAACUGCUGCACCCCCUGAUCUAGAUCAGCUGCUGUGCAAAUGCACCCAUGGAGACUCAGACCCCAUUGGUGGAAGGCUGAGUUAACUAUAGCCCUAGACGGAGCCCAGAAAGGCUGAACAUUUCAGCAUGACCUGUGAUUCUUCCUCAUUCCCCUUCAGAGGGUGUCAAUGCCAGAGGUGAACACUGCUAGGAGAAUUCUGGUCUCACUUCUCUCAGCAGGCCAAGGUUUUGGUCUUCAAACUCAAAGGCCAUGAUUACAAUCAGCUGAACUCGUAUUUGCAGGAUGGUAACCUGACCUCUUGAGGUUGUUUUCUGUUACAGCCAAAUCUUUUAAGAGUAUCAUUAACGUGACAGGAAUACUAAAUGUCCGUGUUUGACAGCCACUCACAGGGAAAGCUGUCACGUUUAGCUUCAUUUCUCUCAAUGCACAAACAGACACAAUCAUUUUAUCUAGCUUUAGAAAAGAGAACAGACCCAUAACGUCGAUGAAAUAUUUGUGGUAUAAAAAUAAACAUACUCUACUUUGAUUAAAAAAAAAAAAAGCUUUUUCUUGUCUGAAACUUUCGUACAAUUACAGGAAAUACAAAAAUAUAUUUUGCUUACCACUUAUUGUAAAAACUAUGUAGCCCUUCCCAAGCUAAAUUUUAAGUAGGAAAUCACCCAUGAGAGCUUUACAGACCGUUAAUAAUUUACAGUGAAAGGGAAUAAAAAUUACAAAGAGCUAAUUAUGGCCUCGGUGGAUAACAUGGAAAACAACGCUUUGUUAUGGCUCACUUUGCUCCCUGAAAACAAGACAGACAAGCAGGCCAAGGAAGAGAGCAAAAAAGAAGUCACUGCUGCUUUCAGCAGGAGGAGGAGAUGAGGGCCUUGAAAUGCAAACAAAUCAGCAGGCAAAAUCAAUAGCUGACCCAACUCAAACAUAACCCAAGCGCUUCCUCUUCUUUUGCACUUCUGUCUGAUUGAAGAAAUGAAAACAAGAAAACCCUUUAAACAUAUACAGAUCCAUCUCUUGCAGAUAGAAGCGCCUCCUCUGAUACUACAGACAGACCUAACUUCAUUUGGCCUGCCGUCCUCCUGUGCGCUGCCCACUGCCAACCACUGCAUACGCGAUUCCACACACUUCAUGUAUUUGCCCCAAACCCUACUUUCAGAGUUCAGACCCUGCACUUAGAGGGCCGCAUAUCCACAUGCCUGUACUCUUACCACCAGGCUCUGGUGAUACAGAGAUUCCUAGGCAGCCAAACAACUUCUCCCAGACAUCACACAGCUCUUGAUAGCUCCCAGUGUGCCCGAGCCACCUUGGUUACUCCAACCAGACCUCUCCAGUUCCCAUCAGACUCAUGCUUUCCUCCAUCAGCACACCAGGUCGCUUGCUAUAUCCAUUCCUACAAACUCUGUGCCUUUUAGUUGUUCAGUUUGAUAUUUUAGUUAUUAGAAUAUUAGAAGCAAGAAGAAACACGUUUUCAGGCACCGGUUAUUCCAGUAGAAAGCAUCCCACCAGGAUCCACAAGAGGGCAUUACUGGUUCAUAAAACGGGAAUUAGCAGAGCACCUUUCAGGCACUGAGCUUCCUAUGUACAGCAUGGACAUCCUUGGUGAGAGCUGAUAUAAAAUACACUACAAACAAAACCAUUAUAGAAUCUUUUAUCACUAAAGAAAUAUAUUUCUGCGAUUCUGUUCAAUGGGUCCAAAUUUCUAAGACUGAAAAGGAAUACUGAAGUUUUGGAAAAGAGCUUCAGGGACAAUAGAACAAUAUUAAGAUUCAAAAGUCUUUUAAGUUAUAACAUCACUUUUAUACAAGAUAUUAAAUAAUAAAAUUCAUACCCUUUGUUUCAACUCCUUUAAUAUCAUUUUAUCAGUGUUGUUGGCUUCCAUGACCAAUAGGUGUUGUUCAUUUCUUAUUAAAAGCAAUUUAAGCAUAUCAGUGGAGUAUCUUAUGAACUUGAUUAUACCUGUUUUUAUGAGUGUAAUGCAGUCCUCUAGAUAGAGGUUGAGUUUUACCUUUCAGCAGAUAGAACGCAUUUUGAAACCCACAGGAUUCCUUCAUGCAGGCUGUUCGGGCAGUGAGUUCUGCACUGACAUGAUGCUCUUCGAAGACUACAUUAACAUCAUUUUAAUAUAUCCGGGCUACAUACAGACCUCACUCUAAAUUCUUCUAAAUAUGCAUAGGCAGAAAUGGUCCGGAAUCAAGGGGACUUGACUGUAAUUUCCCAGAUCACUUGGAGAUCUAUACACAUUCAGGCAAGGGCUUUUAGACUAAUCAAGCCAGAGAGAGACUGUAAGACUUUUAGAAGUUUCUCUGCCACCAAAUCAGCACUCCAGGCAUGCUGCAAUUUUGCAGUUAAUAGCAAGAAAUUUUAGAUAAAACAUGCAACAGCAACAGAAACUUCUUCAUCCUGGUCCCCUGAUUAAGCUAUGAGUGUGAAGAGCUUCAUAAAAGAGAUACAACCAUCCUUGAAAGAGCUAUUGCUUUGCCUUUUUCUAACAAAAUAUUUAUCUUUCAUCCUUUUCUGCCCUUUGUACCUUAAUCUGCAGAAACAUUACGUCUGUGAUCUUUCUUUUGAGACUGUCAUGAAUUACCACUGGUCGCGAUGGGGUUUCCAUGGAAAAAGAAGGAUUAAAAUGCACUGAGAGGAAACUAGAGAGUCUUUUCCCUACCUAAAGUUUGAACAGGACACUCCUUGGGAUGCAAGUUUCCGCCCCAUGCAAAUUCAGAUGAGGAAUAAAACACUUUACCCCCUCCUUUAAUUACUUAAUGCACAAUAAGAUAAAAAUGUAACUACAGAAUAACCCCCAAGAACUGUUUAUUCAGAAAGUACAAUCAAAAGCUCACCUUCCUGAACAACAUCUUCCCUGAGCACUUUGUAAGGGAACUGUGCUGAAAAAGAGAAAUACAUCUCUGUGAAGGGUGAAGGGGAAGUCAUCAGAUCAUGGCAUUUGGAUCCUCUAUUUGGACUUACACUACCAUUUUUCUUUAACUCCUGCCCUCUCCCCUCCUCUCAUGUCUGAAGCUCAGUUUCUCUUCUCCCCUUUCAUCUUUCCACUCUUCUGUCAAAAUUGAUUAUUUCCUUUCUUCUCCUUCCUACAAGUUCAUAUGAGAGCUGGUCAUGAUUUGGAGGGAUGGGAUGAAAGUACGGCAGGGAAAUGCAGUCUGAAGAGUCAGAAAAACACAUCAAAGAUCAAAGAGUCUAGCAAUGCUGAAACAGAUGUGGAAGGGUAGAUCUUUCACUGUACCUUGGACUAAGAUAGACCACAAUCAUAAGUUUUGAAUAAGGAAGACCAAUCCUGGAGCCAACAGCAAUUUUGGCCAUGUUCAGAUCUCCUAAGCCUGCAGCCCUUUCUUUAUGUGUUUCAUGUUUAAGUUAAAAUCUACUAGAUUUCAUUUUUUUCCCUGAGCUAUUCCUAGGCCACAUCUACUCCUUGCUCCACAGAACCUUUGCCGGGCACUUUUUUUUGUCUUUCUUUUGAACGACUGACGUUUAGCUUUGUUUGAAAACAGCAGGGGCAGCUAUGCUACGAAGCUCAAUAUGUACCUGCCUGAAAUGAGCUGUAAGAUAUCUAUCCGUGCCAUUGAAGAAAUUUUAAAAUGAGGAGGUGUAUAAAAAGUAAGGCUUUGUAGACCCGAAAUAGCAAUCUAGAAUUCGUACCUUUAAUUCAGAAAAUCUAAAUUGUUAUUGCAGCUCGAAACGUGGAGGAAAAUAGAAACAGGCCGUGAUGAAAAAAAGUUUCUUUCAAUUUCUUAAGUACUUCUUAAUUAAAAAUUAGGACAGUAAAAAAAUUCACGGCAUAAGAAUGGCAGGCUUUGGUGCUCAGAGUGUUGUUAUAAAAAGAUUGUAGAAUGGGAACAAGCAAAUGUGUGUGCUAUUCAAAUAGAUCAGUCUUUGGCAGAGAUCGCUCUUGGACAACAUCAGCUGGAGGAGUUCUAAAAAGCUACAAAGGAUUGAAUCAGAGUUUGGAAAGUGGAAGCUAUUAUAAAAUAUAAAUUAAUGCAAUUGCACUCCUAUUUCAAUUACUCAUAUGUCUUAUCUCUUUUUCAGUAAGAAAAGAGAAAAGUGACUCGGUUGCCCCAAACAAUAAAGAUGCUAACCUUUCAGACACAGACAUAUCAACCUCCAUCUCAGCUGUACGCCAACUGAAGAAGGUCCAGAAAUGAGAUGAAAGUUCACGGCAUGAUACAAUUUUUAAAAUGCAAAUACUAUUAUAAGUAACUCAUUUAAAGAUUAAGUAGAUUUUAAAACGGUUGACUUUUCAUUCUGGGAAUGACCUAAUUGGGAGGUAAGGACCAGAAUCAGCAUCAAGGAUAUUGCUAAGCCAUUCUUUAGAACUAUGCAAUAAAGGGGAGUGAAACCUAAAUGCCAGAUUGUGAUGUGUGAGUGAAUUUUUGUGAUAAUUUUUCUCCAGUUAGGAAAAACGAUCUGUAUUAAGGGUUAGUGUUUCAACUGAUAUAUAUAUACACAUCAAUCCCUCUUUAUCUGCAUGAUUUUUGGAGAAAAAUUUACAGUGCACACUUAGUUGAUUAGCAGAUGUUGCUUUUUGGUCAAAUCAUAACCUAUUUGCUGAGGAGAUCUUAUUCAGGUUUGAUCUCUCCAUGAAAUAGGAAACCAUGAAAGGAGUGGGUUUUUCCUCCAUCACAGCACACUGUCUUACUCUCUGCAACGUGAACUGGCACAUCUGCCACUAACACGAAGAGGAAGAGUUCCCAUUACGUUUAUUUCUCAGUGCCCCUUUGAAACGCUACAAAGAGUAACGCUUACUAGGAAGAAAUAUUCCAGAUCCUUCAGAGUUAUUACAGGUCACUGAAGCAGCUCAUAGCUAAACUUGUACUAAAGAACUCUUCAGCAACAGGCUGUUACCAACACUGCAGACAUUAUUACAAACUCAGAGGUGGAAAUACUGCUUAUUAUGGCUUCUAGUCUUCCACACUGCUCGUGGUCUUAUGCCACAGCAAUAACAUGCCUUCACUCUAACUGAGAUGAGACCAUACUGCAUAUACAUGAGCCCCUGCUGAGCUAUGGGCUGGUUCAGAUGACAGUGCCCUGGGCUCUGUGCUGGUAAGGGUCAAACACUACCUGGUUUAAAACCACCACGGGGACAUUUACCCAAGAUCAUGUCUCUAGCUACCAUAUAACCAGCAGCUUGGCAAAGAUAUUCCAAUUGGAAUUAUUACUCCAAUAAUACCAUGUAAUUGGAAUAAUGCUGAUAGGUGAUUAUCAGGGUAAUGACUCACAUUCAGUAUAAUGAGACUCAGUACACUAUUAUUUUAGAGGUUUUUUUGUUCAUUUGUUUGUUUUGCAAACUGUUACUGGAAACCCCAAUAAAACUCAUACAAUCAUUCUGAAAAUCCUACCAGAUUCUAGAACCACUGAAAACCCACAGAGGUAGAGCAACCAAAUUUACACUUGACUGUUUCUUUACCAACCCAGUCGCAGUCUUAACCACAAUGCAUUUCCAACAUUUUGUUAUCAGCUUACACAUGAAGUUCUCACUAGUUGCAAUCCUGCCUUCCAGUUAGCUAUCGAUGCCAACUGAUAAUGACUAUUUUCACGUCAUUUUUAUUGAGCAAUUUAGAAAUAUCAUGAUCAUUUAUAUAAAGUAAAUACAAUUCUGCUAUCCAUUAGCCUUGUUUGCAAAUAGACACUACAGCACGUGGAUGAAAACAAUAUACCUUGGCCCCUUCGUUCCCAGCCAUGGAUUCCGCUCAGUGUAUGUACCUUUGACGUCAAGCAUAAGCAGACCAAGAGCAGCUACACCUGUGAGCCUCUGAUGUCAGAUGAUAUUUAAUUCACAACAGGUUACAACAAAUUAAGCCCACAGAAGGUAGCAGAUAGACAUGACUGUAAAAUAAAUGGGAUCACAUGUUAAACACUUCAGUCCUUCCACAGAUGGAGGACUGCACACAGUACUAUCUUAGAAACAGAUGCCAAUGUAGAUAAGCAAUCUGAUGUUUGAUUAAAAUUUAUAAAUAGAAUCAGAACAUCUUUUAAUUUUACUGGCUUAUUUCAUUUAUAAACAGAUAAUCCAUUUUUAUGGCUUGUUCUGAUACACAUCUAGCAUAUUUCAUUUUUAGGUCUUGAUUCAUUUCCUGGGUUUUACCACAACCAGAAGCAGAAAUUGUAAAGCACUUUGGAAAAGUUUUCUUUUGCAAUGUUUUUGACAUAAUCAAAAUCAGCAAGUGCUAGAAAUGUUUUAGAAAAGUAUAUUCACAUUGCACAGUCCCAGCAGUUUGGCUAAAAUUUCAGAAUUCAGAGACCACUCUUGAAAUAAAAAGCAAUGGGUGAAAGUGAAGAGAAGGAAAUUUUAGGGUAAGGCUUUAAGUGAAUCUUCCUAACAGUAAAUGAGGCACUGGAACACAUAACCAAGGAUCACCACAAAUGUUCACAAGACAGGUUAGGCAAAUACAUCACAAAUAGAAGCAAAUGCAGUCGGAGCAAGAGAUUCAUCUGGCUGAUGUGAGAGGCCCCCUCCAGCUCUCUUUUCUACAACCACAGCAGCAUGACAACUAACCAUGUUUUCAGAUACUGAGUUCUAACCUGAGCUCUUAGUACAGCAUCAGUCUUGCUUAAGCCCAAAAUCCUGCUGCUUUUCGGAACACUCUCCAAAAAGCAGAAGCAGCAAGACAGACGCCAGCAUCCUCAAAUGUUUUGUCUGCAAGUUUCCACUUCUCUAAUUUAACAAGGAAUCCUCAGCUAGUUUUCAUGAGUCUGUCCCUACGCAAACACAUGCUAACUCCUGACCAUUUUCUACUGCCUCUGCUCCUAACUCCAAAGAGCCACACGACAGUUCAGCAUGAGAGGCCGGGACAGUGGGGGCCAAAGGGAGCCAGGUAGGAAAUGACAAGUUUAAAAAGCAGUCUACCAAAUACCACGUCUGAGAAGGACGAGCUCAUUUCCUGUUCCAUAAAUAUCUGCUCUAAAUAUUUAACAGGCACAUGCUGAACGGUACUAUAUUUAACACAUACACACACAAAAAAAGUGACCAUGGACUUCUACUGGAAAAAGAGUAGUAGUAAUAAGAAGUGUAGUAAUAAUAAAUCCCCUUUUCAGCAAGUGGUGGUAUAAGGUGUUGUGCUUUGCUUUUCGUUAAGAUUGUUAUAACUCUGGUGUAAAAUUUAACAUAGCACUUUAUAGUGGAAAAUAUGAUGAAUUUAAUUGCAAUAGAGCAAAUGAUGCACUUACUAGGACACUGAUAUCUCCCCUCAGUUAAAAAAGCAAGAAACCAUCUGCAAAUAUUUAUGUAUGAAAUCCCACAUAGGGAAAACAUUUGCAGUACAGAACAAAUAAGAUAACUGAAAAUGAAAUUGCAAGAUAAGGUGUUUGGGCGGAGGGAAGCAACGCAGUGAGGAAAAGCCAUCCCCAUGACUACUGGUCCUUUCUCCUCCCUGCUCACUGCUGUUUGCCUCUUCUUGGAUUCCAGAGCGUGCUUUAUUCCUCAGCAGCCUUUCUGCAGACUGGCGGAUUUGAUCACAGUUGGAAAUUGUGAAACUGUGGUUUGUUUCAGAAAGAGAAGAAAGGAGAGUUUAAGUACAGCUUCAGCAGCAGAUGGCUCUGCUUUGGAAUCUUUCAUACACAAAGGAGAUGUGUUUGCUGGCUUUGUAAUCAACUCAGAAAAGGAAAAGACAUUUUGCUAACGACAGUGUGGAUAUGACUUGAAUUUUUCAUCAGGUAAGAAGUCAGAGAAUCUAUAAACCUGAGUGAAAAGCUACUUAAAUAUAACUCCUACAGGAUAAUUGUAUUCUGUACAUCCUAUAUUUAAAAUUGAAUGGAAAGUUUCAUUCAGAUUGCAAUACUUUGGAACUUAAUGGACAGAUGAUGUUUGCAACCAAGAUAUUAACUUGUCACUUCAAGGGGACAGAACUAUGCAUUUUAGGUAAGAAAAUACUUAAAAAGAAAGUCUUUUAAAAACUUCUUUUAAUUUAGACUAUGUUUUAAUUUUUUCCUUAUGCACAUUUCAAUGUUUCUGCAUCUAGAGGAAUGAAAGCAUCUGGCUAAGUGGAUUAUCAUUCCUCACAGUGUUGAACUCUCACUGUCUAUGAUAGAGAAUCUUUUCUGAAAUGCAUGGAUUAGGGAUUGAAGUAAGUGACAGACAUGAGUUCUCUUAUUAAGCAUUGCAAUCCUGUUCUGACAUCAGCUGUAGUUGCAGUUCAAGGAUGCUUACUCCACCGAUAUUUAUCAGUUUAAAAAAAAUACCAGUAUGUAUUACAAUUUAGUUCAACAUGCUGCAGUGAGUUCGGGUGUAACUUAUUUUUCUAACACUAUGAAUACUCCAAAUGCUUAAACAAGACAAGUAUAAUUGUUUUAUUGUCAAGAAAAUGUUUAAAUUGCCUUUCAGAAUGACAUGCACUAAAGUGAGCACUUUUUAACUCAUAAUACGAAGCAAACAGUGAAAAGAAAUUCAUCUUUUUUUCUGAGUAAAGCAUGACAGCGUGGAUGAUGAGUGUGCUAUAAGCUAAUGCAUUGAGUGAGCUGCCCAGAAGGCCAGCAUGGGGAUUUGGCCUUAAUGGUAGGCAGUGCCAAGGGGGCCCUGAUGUCCACAGUGAAUUACUGGGAAAGGACAUGCAACACUCACUACCAAACCAUCUUUUGCAGCCAUGGAUAAGGAAGUGAGAGGAGCCAAUAGAACGUUAAAUAUUAUCAGCCUGGCUCAGCCUCAUGGCCUCCUAGUCCCUGCAGCUUCUCCUGCUGACAUAACAAGCAGGAAAAAGCAGAGCUUGUCUUUGAGAGUAUCUUCCUUUGGAGCCAGAGCCCCUGCUAACACCUCACCUUUUCUUAAACAGCAGCUGUCAGGCGAGCCAGGUGAACACUGCAGGCAGUGCAAAGAGGAAGAUCACCACUGGGACAAAGCAGCCAGGCUUUGGACCCUUAUACAUCUGGAAGUGGCAGCAAAGCUCAUCAGGGCAACAUUUAGCACCGGCUGUCUUGUCCUUCCAGCACAUGCAUUCUUCUGUAUGAUAAAUCCAGCCAGGCAAUUAGUGCUACUCUAGGGAAAAGCAGUUUGCAGUGCAUUCCAGGAAAUACGUUACUGCUUUACUGAGGCACAUCAUCUGUUUGUGCUAGCUUCCAAAUCCUCUCACUUUUGACUGAACUCAGUAAGAGGAGUUUUUGCAAGCUGGUGCACACUAAUUUCAGUACACAGCUGUUUUCCUGAUCUACCAGGCUCCAGACACCAGUGAGAGAUUACAAAAUCCAACUGAGCCACUGGAUUUCAAUGGCUCUUGAUGCUUUGUUGACUGAGCUCUUAUGCCACCCUCUCACUACAGCUGAAACGGGGCCAGCUGGGUUAUUUAAGAAGACUACAGGCGUUAACGUUAGACCCCUACAACAAAUUAAGGCAUAUUUGGAACAUCAAGCCACAUACGGGCACAUAGAUCUACAGCUACUUCUCAUUCUAGCAUAACUACAGUAAAAUACACUAUUAAAGUAUAUUUUAAUCAGAAGGACAGUGAUAACAGAUCCUACAAAGGCUUGUUUGUUUUUUUAAAUCUUAAUUUGAAGAACACAAACUAAGGUCAAGUAGAAGCAUGAGAAUAAAGCAGUUCUGGAUAUAGCUUUAGGUGUAACAUUCUUUGGGUAGCUGUAGGAAAUCAAACAGCUAUAAAAUCAUAUUUUCCAGUUUAGUCUUGGACUUGUGCUUAAUCUUGCACAAGGCACCAAACAGUUUUUAUUCCCUAGUGAUUAAAUAGUGGCAAUCAUUUCUGUAAAAAGGCUGAUGAAACUUCUACAUAUAAAAAUUACUUCUGUAAUAAUAAAACAUCUACCCAUCCCUUCCUCUUUUUCUGCGUCCCCUAACAUUCCACUGCUUCUCCAUCCCAUUCUCUCCACAGGACUCACAACGCUAUGGUAUUUAUUACCAGGGAUGACGACUGACCUUCUUCCAGCAAGUUUUCCAAUAAUUCCUUCUUCAAAAAGGAAUUACGGUUGGAAACACAGUCCUUUUCUGGUUAGAAAGCUGAACUCAUCAGUGCAGUAAUUACAUCAGACUUGCUUUAAACUUCAAGGACACCAAAUACAAAGAUUUAAUCACAGUAAUCACCGCCUUGCAAACUCCAAGGAAAACAUCUUCUAAGUGAUAAGGGGAUGGAUGUACUCACAGAUGCAACACCUUCCUAGCUAGUUUUUACCCAUAGACUGGGAGAUGCUUCACAAUGGAUAAAGCCAUUCGGCCUCCUACAGAGACUUUACCUAAUCAAACUAUCCCAAACAGCAGCUAUUCUCAGUUUUUGAACUUUGAUACCUGUCAACCUUCCUUCCCUGCAGUAUUCUUGCUUAUUACAGCUUACACAUUAGUUACAGCAGUGGGGCUUUUUGGAAAUAUUUGCCUGAUUACUAUAAUAAAGAGACAGAAAGAAGCUCAAAAUGUUACAAACAUUUUGAUUGCCAACCUCUCUUUAUCGGAUGUAUUGAUCUGCAUCAUGUGUAUUCCUGUCACAGUGGCAUACACUUUAAUGGAUUACUGGAUAUUUGGGGAAGCUAUGUGUAAAAUAAGCUCUUUCAUACAAAGUAUAUCUGUCACAGUCUCCAUUUUCUCGCUUGUACUGAUUGCUAUUGAGAGAUACCAGUUAAUUGUAAAUCCUCGUGGCUGGAAGCCUAAUACCUCACAUGCUUACUGGGGAAUAAUUUUCAUUUGGGUUUUCUCCCUGGUGAUAUCCAUUCCUUUUUUAAUGUUUCACCACUUAACGGACGAACCCUUCAAGCACCUCUCCCUCCACAGCGAUUUCUAUAAGAACAAAGUCGCAUGCAUCGAGGCCUGGCCUUCUGUUACAGAACGACUGAUUUUCACCACGAGUCUGCUGCUUUUCCAGUACUGCUUCCCACUGGGGUUUAUUUUCAUCUGCUAUCUCAAGAUAUUUGUAUGCCUCCGGCGGAGACACAGUAAAAUAGAUAGGAUGAGAGAGAACGAGAGCAGGCUGAGUGAAAACAAAAGGAUUAAUUUGAUGUUGAUAUCAAUUGUUGUGACCUUUGCAGCUUGCUGGUUGCCUCUCAAUAUAUUCAAUGUUGUUUUUGACUGGAACCACGAGGCACUGAUGAGCUGUAAUCAUAACCUAGCAUUUACAUUGUGCCACCUCGUGGCCAUGAUCUCAACAUGUAUCAAUCCCAUCUUCUAUGGAUUCCUCAACAAGAAUUUUCAGAAGGAUUUGAGAGUGCUAGUUCAUCACUGCAGAUGCUCAGCAUCACAAGAGGAAUAUGAAAACAUUGCCCUUUCAAAUCUGCAAACUGAUGUAUCUAAGGGUUCUCUGAAACUGAAUAACCACCCUCCUGUGGAUACCUAAAAUAAUCCAGCAGCAUUUUCCAAAAUGUUGCAUUUUGCUGCAGAUGACCUUUUUCUGCAGGCCUUCAUCCUGGUACCUCAUCUAACUGAAGUUAGAGGUGGUCUUUGCCAUUUAAUUCAGCACAAACAGAAUCAUGUUCCCAAAGGCAUACUGCUAACAAGUAUUUCAUGAUGGUAUUAAUGCUAAUAAACCAUUUCCAAGAGUUUUAAAGAACAAUGAAUAUCAACAGUAUUAACAUCUUAUUUUUUAAUCCACAAUUUCCAGGUCACUGUAAGAGUAUUUCCAUUGACGCAGCUGUCCUUCCUACACACCUGGCUUUGCCUAAGUAAACCAUGAAUACUGAGGCUUCCUCAACUUCAUCAGCCUUUUUACAAACUGAUUUUUGUCUUUUUAAUUUUCCAGCCCUGCACCAUUGCCAUCUCCACUACAUGGUAACUUUGCACAGCAGUUUAUAAGCAGUUUAUACUGAGAGGAAGGCCCCUCAAGUUACCCUCAACCUUCACUAGCAUCUUCCUUCCAGCCCCAGCAUGGAGUUCACUUUGCUUUAAUACCGGUUCAUCCUAGAAACUGUACCUUAAUGUGAGAAAAGGUUGGAGUUGGAAUUUCUUUUUUUUUUUCCUUUAUUUUAAAUGAGCACUAAAGCAAGCCCCAUUUGCUGUGCUGCAAAUUUGCAUCAGACCUCUGCUGAUCAAGACGCAAUAUGUAUUUAGCAUUCCUCCUAAAAGCAUUGCAUCCUCCUCAAAACCACUGGUAUAGAUCAUUGCUUUCUCUGUUCUCAUCAUCGCUGGCCUUUAAAACUGACCUUUUAGAAUCUCCAUUAUGAAACAGACAUGCUAUGAACUCAAAGUAAAUUGUUUCUGCUACUUACCCUGAUUAUGGGUUUUUCUUUUAAUAGAAAAAUAGUUUUCUCCUUUAAUUUCCAAAAUAUCUUUCCCACAUCUCUGCACUAGCAAGAGGUCACAUCUGGGGCAUCUGCAGUUGUUUCUGUUUGACUAUGCUUGAGAAGAGCUUGUAAAACCAUUGAAUCCUUAGAGUUGGAAGGGUUGGAAGCUUCUUUUGUUAUGCAAUGUAUGGAAACCUGAUGAUGUCAUAUUGAACACAACUUCUCUCAAAUUAAAUCAUAAUAAAAAUCAUUUUCCAGUGUGGUCAUGAAAAUUAAUGAAAGCGAUUCUUCACCCAUGCGAUAGUGCCAACAUAAAAAUCAGCUAAAAUUCAGUUGUUCAAAUGAUACACCUCAGUCCAACGACCCACUGCCUUAGAGAUCAACUUGCUUUCUCUUGUUCAAGCUCUUAGAAAAAGGCUCAGUUGACAACUGCUUCCUGAUUCCCACUGAGCAAGAUCUCAUUGAAACCUAUUAGGGCCUGAUCCCAUUGAAGUCACAAGAGCAGUGAUAG